AUGAAUAUUGUAUCCGGUUUGGAUUUAAUUUCGACACGUGGUCAUACAUCUGGUCAUCAAUCUGUUCGUGUUCUAUUGCCAAGUGGAACAAGUAUAAUUAUGACGGGUGAUGCUGGUGAUUUAUUAGAAAAUUAUGAGAAAGAAAUCUUGCCUGGAGAAUCCGUUGAUGAUAUAGCUGCACUUGAAUCUAUUCGACGAUUGAAUCAAUUAGCAUCGUUACCUAAUACACGUCUAUUUCUUUGUCAUGAUCCCAUUCUUAUACAAACACUAAAACUUGCUCCUGAUUAUUAUAAUUAG